GGCCAGGGAGGAGGAGGGGCCUCUGCCAGGGCUUCCUGGAAGCUGUGGUUGGGUCUUGCCCCCACUUCCUGCCAGGAAGGCGAUUUCUGGAUGUGGUGGGGAUCCCCCCAGGCUCCAGAAUGAGUCGAAUCUACCAUGACAGUGCCCUGCAGAGCAAGGGGGUGCACAGCACGCGGCUGCCGGGGGCCUGGGACCCUGCUGCCCACCAGGGGGGAGCAGGCGUCCUGCUGGAGGGGGAGCUGGUGGACGUGUCCCGGCAUAGCAUCUCCGAUGUCAACGGCAGGAAGGAACGCUACUAUGUGUUGUAUAUCCGGCCCAGUUGUAUCCAUCGCCGAAAGUUUGACCUGAAGGGAAAUGAAAUCGAACCCAACUUCAGUGCCACCAAGAAGGUGAACACCGGCUUCCUCAUGUCAUCCUACAAGGUGGAAGCCAAAGGGGACACGGACCGACUCACAGCUGAAAUGCUCAAGGGGAUAGUGGAGAAGCCGGAGCUGCUUGCACUGACAGACAGCCUCACGCCAGAGAACACCUUGGCCUUCUGGAUGCCAGAGUUGGAGAUGGAGGCAAUAGAGCUGGAGCUGGGAGCCGGGGUCCGGUUGAAAACUCGGGGCGAUGGCCCCUUCGUGGAUUCAUUAGCCAAACUCGAAGCUGGCACAGUGACCAAGUGCAACUUCGUGGGUGAUGGGAAGACUGGAGCAUCUUGGACCGACAACAUCAUGGCUCAGAAGGCUGUCCAGGGGACCACAUCAGAGACCCGAGAGCAGGGAGAUGGGGCAGAGGAUGCUGAGAUGACUGAUCCCAUCAUGGAUGGAGCCUCUUCCACCUACUUCCAUUCAAGACCACCAAAGUCACUGGGCUGGCUGCUGCCAACUUCAGUCACCCACCCUGGAACAGCUUCUCAAGACUGCAAGCUCUGCAGGACAGGCUGGGUGGAGCUGGAAUUCAGUGCCACCUUCUCAGAGACUUCCAGCAGGGCCUUGACCCGGGAAAGCCUGGGUGCUGGAGGAGAGGAGGCAGUGUGCUUCUCUUAUCCUUGUCACUUCCCCAUCAGGCUCACUGCUUUCCAGUGGCUGCUGCUCUGGGGAACCCCAGACUUGCAAGCUGUGGUUGACCAGGUCCCCACUUAG